AUGGCUCAUCGCGGAGGAGGAGGAGAUCAGGAGCUGAAACUGACGGAGGAGAUCGGCAAAUCCCUAAAAGAAGGGGAGAGGAUUCUAGCGCCAACCCGGAGACCCGACGGCACGCUCCGCAAACCCAUCCGCAUUCGGGCCGGGUAUGUGCCCCAGGAAGAAGUCGCCCUCUACCAAUCCAAAGGUGCCUUGUGGAAAAAGGAGAUGUCCUCACAGGCAGGGCCACCGGGUUUUGAUGAUACUACUCCCGUCGUGGCCGAUGCGAAACCCAAGACCAAGUCUGUAAAAAGGAAUGAAAGAAAGAAGGAGAAGCGGCUGCAGGCUGCUCUUGAGAAGGAGAAAACCUCAGAAGAAGCGGAAACUGGGGAUACUAAGGAAGAAGAGCCACCUGCUCAAGGUGUAGGUCAUGCAUCAACAUCAGUCCAGUCAUUGACAUCUCAGAUGAACGAGCUUGGUGUUUCUUCUAAUUCUGCUUUAGUUACCCCUUCCUCUGACUCAAUAGAGGAUUCAAAUCUAGGAGCUCCAGUUCAAGAUAUCGAUAAAAAAAUCCGAGCACUUAAAAAAAAGAUUCGACUUGCAGAAGCGCAGCAGCAGAAAACUCAGCAGAAAGAUAGUAAGCCAGAGCAGUUGGAAAAGUUAACGAAACUGGAAGGAUGGCGUCAGGAGUUAAAGCUUUUGGAAGAUAAAAAGAAAGCUGAAUCAUGAAUGAGGGUUUG